AUGUCGAUCUGUCCCAAAGGCAUGUGGGUAACCGAGCCUCAUGCUCUCUCCAAACUGGGUAUGGCGACGGGAGACGAGCUGAAAGAAGCUCUCAAAACAGGACGUUUGCCUCAUGUCCUGGUAGAACGAGGGAGCAAUGUCAAGUCAGCCACUGCCCCCUUUACGCAGCAUCGAUUCUUUUACGUUACCAACGAAGGCCAAUCCGCUCAAGCCAAUCUAUCUCUCAAGCUCAUGCAAUGGAUCCAGGUGUGUCAGGCUCUGGGAGAUAAUGGAGACGAUUUCUCCGAAAUGGAUCCUCGCCACAUUGGACUGUUGGCGCGAUAUGCUGGCAAACCGUCGAUAGAUCCAAACUCUUUUGGGACUCUGGUCAAUGAACUCAAGGGCGCUCAAGCAGUGAUCCUGCCAGAUGCCUUGAAGCAACUUCCACCUACGGAUGGAGACAACAUUGCAUCCCUGGACGCCUUGCUCAGUCAAGGAGACGGAGCUCGUCCCACGGGAGAAUCCCACACGGUUUCUGGGCCCGUCUCGAGUAGCAAACCCCAAGAGGGAGAAAUUUACAUUCGAGCCGAUGGCAAAAAGGUUCGCAGAGUAAAGAAGAAACCCGCUGCGGCUCCUAGUAGCAGUCAAUCCGUAGCGGGGACACCCUCUCUCUCGUCGCACUUGGGUGGGGCUGCUGCCAAAGGCCCAGGUGGUGACAGUGCCACGGUUCCUGGUGAUAUUGGAAAAUCACAGCCGCAUGAAGAGGGAGAAAUUUAUAUUCGUGCUGAUGGAAAGAAAGUCAGACGAGUGAAAAAGAAGAAACCUACUGCCUCAGAUUCCGCCAGUGUGGCCCCAGCAUCCACCUCGUUGGGAUCCAUGCUGUCCCAGCAAGAGACAGCCAAAGUGGGAGGCGAUAGUGCUACUGUCCCCGGAGAUCUUGGCGCAUCCAAGCCUGCCGAAGAGGGAGAAAUAUACAUUCGAGCCGAUGGAAAAAAGGUUAGGCGGGUCAAGAAAAAGCCUGCUGGUGAUAGUGCCACCGUCACGGGGGCACCGGCUCCGGCUGCUGAAGAAGGAGAAAUUUACAUUCGAGCCGACGGAAAGAAAGUCAGGAGGGUCAAGAAAAAACCCGCAACUCUGGAUGGGUUGCUCGAUUCCAACGUGCUUCAAAAUGCACCUGGAGCCGGCAGUGGAAGUGCGACCGUCACGGGAGCCGAAACGGGUGGUAACCUGCAACAAGAAGGAGAAAUCUACAUUCGUGCCGACGGAAAGAAAGUUCGACGAAUCAAGAAGACUCGCAGUGUUUCUGGUAAGGGCCUUUCAACCUUUUUGGGCAACAGCGAUGCACAACGACCACAGGGCGGAAGCGCUACAGUGUCCGGUGACGGAAAGGAACUAGGAGAAAUCUACAUUCGGGCGGAUGGAAAAAAGGUUCGACGUGUCAAGAAGAAUCCCCAGGCAGCCGCACCGUCGAGCUCGCAAUCUUUGGCUGGAUUCCUCGACACUGGAGCUACGGGAGGAACAGGAAUGUCUGGAAGUGCAACGGUGACUGGAGCCGAAGGCCAUAAGGCCAAGUAUUCUGAGGGUGAGAUCUACAUUCGCCCCGACGGAAAGAAAGUAAGGCGAAUUAAGAAGACGGCGAAAUCGGAGGAAGAAAAGAAGAAGGAAGAGGAAGAAAAGAAGAAACAAGAAGAGGAGGAAGCCGCAAAGAAGGCGGCAGAGGAAGAGGAAGCUAGGAAAAAGGCCGAGGAAGAAGCUGCAAAGCAAGCGGGCGAGGCAGAAGCGGCCAAGCCAGAAGAAGCUGCAAGUCAGCCACCAGCCGGUAGCGCAGCAGGUGACUUGGCUGGAUUUUUGGAUAAGGCAGCCGAUGAAAAGCCCAAGGUUUCGGGAAGUGCCACUGUGGCCGGGGAUAUGGUUGCACCCAAAGCAGGGGCAGCACAACCAGACGAAGAAGUGGAGAUCAUCACCAGAGCCGACGGAACGAAAGUUCGCCGAAUUCGAAGACGAGUGCCUGCAGGAGGAGCUGCGAACAACCAGUCAAAAACACUCGAUGGCUUCUUGGGCCAAGAUGCUUCUGCUAGACCAACAGGUGGCAAUGCAACUGUGGCGGCAGGGGACGGGGAGGGGGAAAUCUUCGUCCGGCCCGAUGGAACAAAGGUUCGCCGCGUGCGAAGAGUCGUCAAUUCAGCUGAUGCAAGCCAGGAAGGGGAAAUCAUCACCCGACCCGACGGUACCAAAGUUCGACGUAUAGUUCGCAAAGCUCCCGACACUGCGACUUCGAAUGCCGCUGGCGACCUCAUGGUUGAUGGAUCCAAAAGCACGGACCUCUCCGGAUUUCUUGGAGCCCAGGAAGCAGCUAAACCUACAGGGGGCAGUGCAACUGUUGCUGGUGAUAUGGUUAACCGCGAGCCCCUUGUGCAACCUGCAGCACCAACUCCCGAGACUCCAGCACAAGAACAAGCACCACAAUCGGUUGCUGCUCCUGCAGCACAAGCUGCCCAAACUCCACCGGGCGCCGCACCAGCAUCUGGCGCGGCAGACGGGGAUAAGGCUCAUGCCUACAUUGUGGUUGUUGGUGACGAAGGUAAAGCCAAUGGCCAAGGCACGCUAGAGGCAGCCCCUGAAACAGCAAAUCAAGACCUAUCCGUGGGCCCCAACGGCGAGCAAAGGUUUGCCGUCAAGGUGGCGCCUGGUGCCGAUAAUGAACCGCAGCAGCUCAAGGUUGAGUCUGACAUAAAGUAUCUCACCUUGGACGAAUUGGCAAACCUUUCGGGCCAGAGCAAGGAGGAUUUGGAUAAUGUUGUGAAACAAAAGAUGAACCUGGACUCGGCCACGCCGCGUUUUGUUUUGUCUCCGUUGGAGAAGAAGGGCCCAGAGGCAGCAGCGGCGGCUCCAGCCGCGGCAGCAGCAGCUCCAGCGGCAGCCGCUCCAGCAGCGGCGGCGGCAGCAGCACCGGCGGCAGCAGCAGCACCAGCGGCGGCAGCAGCUCCAAAACCGCCGCCACCUAAGCCUGGUCAAAAAGGCAUCUUCGUUCCCGAAGGAAUGCAAGCUGUUCCCGACGAUGUUGCCGAAGCUGCUCGUGCAAUUUCCGCGAUGGGUGCUACGGAUAUCAAAGAAAUGAUGGAAAAACUCAACCAGGGUGACAUUGGUGACAUUCUGAAGAAGCUCCAGGAUGCCGAAAAACGACAGAAAAAGCUCGAAAAGCAACUCGCUCAGGCAGGUGUUGCUAUUGCUGAUGAUAUUCCCUACGAGGAAGCAAAAGAGAAGGUCGAGGAAAUUGCCAAGAGAAUGAACGAAAUUGGUGGCAGCGAUGUCACGCACCCGGACAAAGAGGAACAGACGCGUCUGCGUGAAGAGUACUUCAAACUCGAACAAGAGAUGGAGCGUUACAAUUCAGCUCUGAUGAUCACGGAAGAGUAUCAAGCUGAACAAGAUCGAAUCGAGAGGAAAUGGGAGGACGACAACUUGCAGGCGAAUAUUGAUGCGCUCAAACAGCUACGUCGUCACAUGCCAGUGAAUAUCAGGAACCUCAGUGAGGCAGCUUUGUGUGGUAACCCAUCACCCAACGGCAAAUUUCUCCCAAAGGCAACAGCGAAGAAAUUCAAGCGUACUAACGUUCUUAUGCUGCUUCGACUCGACCCUGGUGACAUUGAAAGAAUGCAUCCAUCCACACUGGAGAACAUGCGUGUGACAGGUCUGACGCUGACCGAGCGUCGCGCAAUCUAUGCUCAUGUGCAAUCCAUUGGACCAAAAUGGAACAAGAACAAAGCGGAAAAGAUGACGGAGCGAAAAUGGACCUGGUACCAAAUGAUGAAGAAUAACUUCAAGGAAUCUCUGGCGCCCUACAUGAGGCACAUUGCCCAGUAUGGUCCACCAGACAACCAUCCGUAUGCAACUCGUGAUGAUCCCAGCGCUGGUUGCCCUUUGCUCGGAAAACAGUGUCCCGUGAAGGCCGACAAGAACCCCGAUUACACAGGAGACUACGGAUGGACUGAAGAAGCACAAUACGAGGCAUCCCAGGUCACCAAAUCCGAUGUUGACGAUCCAGGUGCCAAAGCGAUGGCAGAGGCAUUGGAGCUUGCCAAGGAAAAGAAAUCCAACGAGCGUGCAAAUGCUCUCAAAAAGCAUUACAAAGGUGUUAGGUUCGUUUCGCAGGCCAAUGGAAGUUGCGAGCAGAUGGAUGAGUCCAUGGAUAAGAUGGAGGCUGCCCAGGCCAAAUGGGUUGAGAACAGUCUAUUUAACGAGAAGUUCACCGACGAUGACAAGAAGAAAGAAGUGGCUAGCUUCACCGACUCUCUAAAUGAUCUGAAGCUUGCAACUCUGGACUUUGCAGGGCGGUCUGGUAUGCAAACCACUGGAAAGAAGAAGGCUGGAGGCGAUGGUCCUGACACUAGAAGUGCUACUGAGUGUGGUUUGUCAGACGAAGUGUUUGAAUGUGCUGAAGUCUUCUUCAAGUACAUGAAGGAUCGAAUGGAGGAACUGAAGGUGAAAGAUACGAGGGUUUCCAAGACGAUUGAGCUGCUGGAAGGAAUGCUUGGCGAGCUGCAUACCAAGAAUGUAGCAACACUCAAAAAGCUUGGCGUACCUCGUCCCGAUCGAUCUCGCAAACUCAAGAAGAUUGACGAGGUCAUCGAAGAGGUCAAAAAGAAGAUGGUUCCGGAAGUGGAGGAACCGGACGAAGACUUUGGUGCCACCGAGAAAGUGGUUAUUCCAGAACCUCCUCGUGGUGGCAGAGGUGGUCUGUUGGCUGGCAUUGCUGGCCGAGGACGCGGAAGAGGCGGUGGUGGCAGAGGAGGUUUGAUGGAUGCUAUCGCGGGUCGCGGCAAGAAGGGUGGUGGGCCCCCUGGCGGUGGCAGAGGCGGGUUGAUGGAUGCUAUCGCGGGUCGCGGCAAGAAAGGAGGUGGAGGCCCCCCUGCUGGUGGCAGAGGUGGCCUGAUGGCAGCUAUCGCAGGUCGUGGAAAGGGCGGUGGUGGAGGCCCCCCUGGUGGAGGAAGAGGAGGACUUAUGGCAGCCAUUGCUGCCCGCGGCGGUGGUUAA